AUGGGUAGCAUCUCGUUCCGCGAGCACAUCCGCUGGAUCCCCGAUGAGGCGAGCGAGCCGACGUCGACCAUAGUGCUCACGUCCCCGCAGCGCCGCUUCGUGGAUCUCCGCAUUCUGAAGCAAACGCCAACCGUGGAUGGCGUACAAGAUACGCACGGCAUCGAGCGCCUGGAAUGGGGCAUCGCGGGAACCUCCUCAUCAUCCACCCGCACCGACGACCAGGGCGCCGAGGUGCGCCACUCGCGCUGGGAGCACUGGAUCGACUCGCGCACGACGGAGCCCGAGAACGCGGCCGACGAGGGCGACAUGUACGAGCAGCCCGACGGGCUGACGCUCGAAAAGGGCCGGAUGGUGAACCCCGCCACCGGCACGGAGACGGACUACGAAGAGCUGUGGAGGGACGUUGAGCCCGUUGCUGUGCCUCCGGUCGGUGCCGUGGCCGAGGGCGAGGCUCAGAAGGGCGUCGAGUGUGUUGUGCUCAAGUUCGAGGACGAGGCAAGCAAGGCGCGGGGUAUGGUUGUGUGGUUGGGGCGGUUCUGUCAGGGGAUUUCGAGGGUCGGGGAAGAGGUUGCGGCAGAGAGGUGGGAGUGGAGGGAGGGGGAAGGGUGGAGGCGGACUGUGAGGAUUGGGGAUCGGGCUUUGCCUUGCGAGGUGUUGUUGAUGACGGGUGCGGCGUUGAGUGUUGGGACGCAUGUUGUUCAUGAGGAGGUUGUUUGGGAUGUGCUUGAGAGUCGGUGA